UGCUGAAAGACAAAAUGGUCCGCACCUUUACAGGAGAACGCCCUCCAAGAAAUGAAAUAGACGAACAGGAGGAUGAUCAUGUAUCUGAGGCCGGCUUGAAUGACUUUAGGCCGAUGCCAAGAAAUCUCUUUGUAGGAGGAGCCGAACAGGAUCACCUAAGUGAGACGGACGACGAAAGAACACCAACUGGGUAUGCAACCCAGCCUGAACAGUUCCAGGCUCCAACAGGAACGAGACAAAGAUCUGCCAGACCGAGCAAUUCACAGCGUGAACGACCUGAAAGGUCAACAGAACCUGCUCGGACAACCGAGCUCGAAGAGAGAACCAGAGUUCUCGAAAUGGCAAUGGGAAGAAUCCUUGCCCGAUUAAUCCCUGAUGAUCCCCUGAUUCCUUUACUGAACAGGGAUGCACAACCAGCUGCGGUUGUUGCAACUAGAAACUCCCCCGCCCUGAGCAAUGUAGUAGUGCCGACCAGGCCGAGGGGAAGCGGGAAGUUGAAUGUCGAGCCCAGCUCGUCCAAAUACAGUGAAGAGUUGAUGAGAAAAAACGCAGACCUUGAAAGGCAACUGCGGGAUGUACAGAAAUCCAUCGACGAGCUGAAAAGCCCUCGGUCGCAUCAACAGACUUUGGAUUUGGACAGUGCUCCACUGAACCUAUCCAUCACGGCAGAACCGUAUCAAGAGGGAUUCAAAAUCCCCCACCUAGAGACAUAUGAUGGCACGAAAGACCCGGAUGAACAUCUACACACCUAUCAAGCCAUCAUGAGGAUUCAAAACGCCAAUGAUGCCAUGAUGUGCAAAGUGUUCCCGGCAACCCUGAAAUCAACGGCCAGAAGAUGGUAUCACAAACUUCCCAGACAUUCAAUAGAUUCUUUUUCCCAGCUCGCCAAGCUGUUUUCUAACAAAUUUGCGAGCCAAAGGGAGAUCAAGCGCACAGCAACCGAGCUGAUGCAAGUUAGCCAGAAGGAAGGGGAGUCUUUGAGGGAUUACAUGCAGCGGUUCAACAAAGCCACACUGGACAUUGAUAAUGUCCCAGAUACAAUCUGCUUGUCCGCCCUGCUACACGGGUUGAAGCGUGGCCGGUUCCUAGACGACCUGCUGGAGAAUCCACCGAAGACGUGGAACGAAGUGAAUGACAGGUCGGCCAGCUUCAUACUGUCAGAGGAUUUUCAGUCGUCCAAGCGACGAGCUGACGAUAAGCCGAGCAGAGGCCAGGAACCAAUGGCGAGAAGAGAAGAGAAGAAGAAGCAGAAGGUCGGUGAGCAGUGGGGGAAACCAGCUGAGUUCCCGAAAUAUGCCAGUUACAUUCCUUUGACCUUACCUAGGUCUCAAAUCCUGGCACAAAUUCAGCACUGGGUUAGGAGGCCCCCACCCCCGCUGCAUGACUCCCCGAGGGCAGAUAAGAGCAAGCACUAGUUAACAGUCCACAAACUCAGCACAGAUCCUACCAGAAGGCCGGUGGUGCAGAAACGUCGCCUUUUUGGCCCAGAGAAACAAGCCGCCAUAGACGAGGAGAUACAAAAGCUGUUACAGGCAGGUUUCAUUCGAAGAGUGGAGUACUCCGAGUGGGUGUCCAACCCUGUGCUCGUCAAAAAGCCAAAUGGCAAGUGGAGGAUGUGCAUUGACUUCACCAACCUCAAUGAUGCGUGUCCAAAGGACCCUCACCCCUUGCCAAACGUUGAGAAGUUGGUGGAGCGGGCAGCUGGGCACGAACGGAUGAGUUUUCUUGACGCCAGCUCGGGCUAUCACCAGGUUCAGCUGCUGCUGGACGACCAGGAGAAAACAGCUUUCUACGCAGGGGACGCUAUCUACUGUUAUGUCAUGAUGCCAUUUGGCCUCAAAAAUGCUGGAGCAACAUACCAGAAGCUGGUGCAAAUCAUCUUUAAGCUCCAGAUCGGCAAGAACAUAGAAGUAUAUGUAGAUGACAUGAUAGUCACCAGCGUGCGAGCUGAGAAUCACAUUAGCGACCUGGAUGAAACUUUUCAAAAUUUGCGUCGAGCUCAAAUGAAACUGAAUCCCUUGAAAUGCACGUUUGCUGUGGAAUCAGGGAAGUUCCUAGGGUACGUGGUAUCCAAGAAAGGAAUUGAAGUAAAUCCAGAGAAGGUUGAGGCCGUUCAGCAGAUGGAACCGCCAAGGACUGUCAAAGACGUGCAGCGUUUGACAGGCCGUGUUGCUGCGCUGCACAGGUUUAUAGCCAGGUCGGCAGAAAGAUGCCUCCCGUUCUUCAAGGCCCUGCGAGAGCCCAAGAACUUUCAAUGGACCGACACAUGUCAGCAGGCCUUUGACGAGCUCAAACAAUACUUGGCGUCAGCGCCCUUACUAUCCAAGCCUGUGGAAGGGGACAGCUUGUAUCUGUAUUUAGGGGUCACAGCAGAGGCGAUUAGCUCGGUUUUACUCAGGGAAGAGAAUAAGAAUCAGAAACCUAUCUGCUAUGUAAGCAAAGUCUUACAAGGCGCCGAGCAGAAUUACCCAGUAGCAGAGAAGGCUGCUUUUGCCUUGGUUUACACAGCUCGUAAGUUGAGAGCUUACUUCCAAUCCCAUCAGAUUGUUGUCUAUACCGAUCUACCAUUGAGAAAAAUAUUGCAGAAACCUGAACUCUCUGGUCGGCUUAUUGGGUGGAGCGUCGAGCUGAGUGAAUAUGACCUGAAAUUCCAGCCGCGCACAACCAUAAAAGGCCAGGCCCUUGCAGACUUUCUGGUAGAAUGCAUUCCAACGGCUGUGGAAGGAGAGACACCUGAACACCCAUCCUGGGUUUUGUACGUGGAUGGAGCUGUUAAUAUCGAAGGAUCAGGUGCUGGAGCAGUGUUACUGGGCCCUGAAGGUUUCAAGUCUGAGCACGCGCUAAGGUUUAAGUUUCAGACGACCAAUAAUGCUGCAGAAUAUGAAGCCCUCAUAUAUGGACUGAAGCUGGCGGCCGAGCUGAAAGUACAAAACAUUCAGGUCUUUAGCGACUCUCAGCUCGUUGUCCGUCAAGUGAGUGGCAGUUGCGACAUCAGGGAUCCCCAGCUUAGUCGUUAUGCCUUAGUGGUUAAUCGAUUGAAGUCAAGGUUCGCUUCAUUUCAGAUCGACAAAAUACCACGGGCUGAUAACCAACGAGCUGACGAACUGUCAAAGUUGGCCUCCUCGCAGGACAUCAACCCUCAAAGAUCAACAAUCGUCGAGGUGCUCGACGCACCAAGUUACGCUGAUUUCUCAGUCGACUGCCAACUACUCAGUGCAGAUCCCUCUGCACCGAGCUGGACUACCCCACUCAUAAAUUAUCUGCAAAGUGGCGAGCUGCCUCAAGAUCUGUCCACUGCGAAGUUGAUUAAACGAAGGGCAGCGCAUUUCACCUUGUUAGAUAACCAGCUCUACAAACGAGCAGCCUCAAUGCCCCUCUUACGCUGCCUUACUCCUUACGAAGCUGAAUAUGCCGUGAGAGAAGUUCACGAGGGAGUUUGUGGCACGCACAUCGGUGGCAGAACUUUAGCUCGGAAGCUCCUAAGGCAUGGUUAUUACUGGCCCACUAUGGUCGAGGAUGCACAGAAUUAUGUCAAAAAGUGCCCGACCUGCCAGUUCAAUGCUGAUGAUAUUCACAUGCCAGGGGAAAUGCUAUCAUCUCUUGCAUCUCCUUGGCCCUUCGCUCAAUGGGGUGUCGACCUGCUCGGCCCCUUCAUCAAAGGUAAAGGAGGCUGCACUUUCCUGGUCGUUGCAGUGGAUUACUUUACUAAGUGGAUAGAAGCUAAACCAUUGUCCACGACGACAGAAAGGAAAAUAGAAGAGUUCUUGUUCAAUUCAAUAUUGUGCAGGUUCGGCAUACCUAAUCGGAUUAUCGCCGACAACGGGCCACAGUUCCGAGCAGCAGCGUUGAGAUCGUUUUGUAACGAUUAUGGCAUUGAGCUUGCCUUGACGUCUGUAUACACUCCACAGUCCAAUGGGCAAGCCGAGUCCGCCAAUAAAAUCGUCUUGCGAGGCCUCAAGGCCCGAGUGGUGGCUACACAUGCUAAUUGGGUUGACGAGCUCAAUAAAGUGCUCUGGUCUUGUCGCACCACACCCAGCUCGGCCACAGGCGAAACUCCUUUCACCCUGGUCUAUGGAGUUGAGGCCGUCAUCCCAGUAGAGGUGGGAUUGCCAUCCGAUCGAGCAGGCCAGCAUGACGACCUCAGCAAUGAGCAACUCUUAAGGGAGAAUCUGGACUUUGUGGAAGAAAUCAGGGAGAUGUCUAGAAUAAGAAACGUGGCACAUCAAAACCGUGUUGCAAAAUUUUACAAUAAAAGGGUUCGAGCUCGCCAGUUUCAGGUUGGCGAUCUGGUUCUACGCAAAGCCGGGUUAACUAACACUAAUUCGCACAUGGGCAAGCUCGCUCCUAAUUGGGAAGGCCCCUAUAUGGUGGUGCGAAUCAAGCGACCUGGCUCUUACGUAUUAGCAGAUAUACAUGGGCGUCAGUUACCCUACCUUUGGAACAUACAGAAUCUCAGAAAGUUUUAUAGUUAAUGUGUGUGGUCUUAUUUCGCUUAGGGUAUUAUUCAACAGCUGUAAACAAAGAUGUACAGAAAUU